CAAUCUUAGUUAUAUUUGGACCGCACGCGCUCAACGGCUGAAAACCAACGUCUCCGUUUUGGUACAUAAUGUUCAGAAAAUGCAGGGCGAAGACAUAUUUAGGUCCACAUUAUUUGUUGUGGAUGCUUAAUUUAGGGUAGGUUGAGCGUGUGCCAGAGAUUUCCAUCUUACAAGCCUCAAAAUGGCGUCCUCUCUUUUCGGUGCCAUUCCCCUCAUAUCUUCCUUUCCCCACUUCCCCCCUUUCUGGAUUGGUUUCUCAUAAUUCCGUCCCAACCAAAAUGUCUUAUUCCCUUUCCUUUAACGCCUUCCUUGUUCUUCAUUCCAUGGGGUUUUGAUCCAACCAGCUCCCUCAAACAUUGCUCAUCCUCCGUCCCUCCCUUCCACUGGGUGACCCAUUCUUCAUGGCUUCUUCGGAGGUCGAAAUUUCUUCCUCCGCCUCACCCUUUGGCUGCGUUCUCAGAGACCAUAACCGGCGGCGAGAACCCAAUGUCACCGCCACCCAUGUUGCUCGUUUUCGCAACAACCUCAAGACUUUGGUCAUGGAUCGCCUCAACGAUUGCAUCACAAUCACCCCAAAUCGAAAUCAAAACCACAAUCCCAACCCCGUCAUUCCUAAUUUUCGAGGCCCCAGAACCAACCAUGAUUCCGCUCCCAGGCGCUCCAAUCCAUGUCAAACUUUGUCUACCAUUAUUAAUCACCCACAAAACAACAACAAUAAUAACAACCCACAAAUACGAACCACCCCUACUCCUGAAACGGGUACGGACAAGAACCAUUCAUCAAAGCUAGCAUCUUCUCUCGUGCAGAUAUGGGAGAAGAGGCUAAAUGUUUCCUCCUCUAACGUCGGUUUGAAUGCGAAUGCGAAUGCGAACGCGACCCCUUCGGUUUGUUCGGUCAAGCAAGAGACGGAGCAGGAGCAGGAGCAGGCAUGCUCGUUGGAAGCAGGGGAUUUUAGCGACGAGAGGUACGAUGCAGGGCUCGGGAGCGAAGACGGGUUUGCAGAUUGGCAUUCGAGCAGAACAAGUUCCAGUUCUCCACCCUCUUCCACGCAAAGCCAGAUUUCAGAUGCGAGAGAAAGGGAGAGGGUGCGCGUCGUGGAUAUCAUUAGGAGAUUGACAUUGACGGCUGCAAAGCCUCCGCAUUCAUCUUGGGUCGAAGACAACGACCACUCCAGUGAAUCCUCCUCAAAUCCCACUCUGAUUCUGAGAUACCAAGUAGAGCCCAAAUGCCUUUCUCAUAUUUUAUACUCUCCCCGCAUCAGAGGACGUCAGGCCUUUGCCGAUUUACUCUUGCAAAUCGAGCGGGACAGGCAAAGAGAGCUCGAGGCAUUGGUAGAGCGUCGAGCCGUUUCAAAAUUCCCCCAACGUGGCCGCAUCCAGUCGCUACUUCGGCUUAAGAUUUUGCAACGUGGAAUGGCAUUGGAAGAUGAGCAGAAGCGCCCAAAAUUUGUAAUAACUCCUCGAGCGAAUCAUAGAGCUUAUACCAUCAGCCAUCUCAGGGAGAGAUUUAGUGGAGCUGGUGAGAAUGGCGCAAGAAGCCCUAUUGGAGAGAUGCUGGACAAUAAUGAUGAUGAUAAAAACCAGUUGGAUACUGAUGCUCAUACUCAUGCCACCAACGCAAAUGAUAAUGACAAUGAUAAUGAUAAUGAUAAGGAUAGCAAUAACCAGCAAGUGGUUGGCAUUAAUCCAAUUCCUGAAGAUUUCAAUGAAGAGGAAAUUGAAGAACAAGAACCAGUACAAGAACCAGUACCAGAACCAGAAGUUGAUCCUCCAAGUUCAGAGGGCAGAUGGCAAGAUAGGCCUAAUUUGAAUUUGGAUUCACAAGACUCUAUCAAUGGAUGGGAAGCAGAAGAUCACAGUGAGGCAGCAGAAGAGAGUUAUGAUGAAAACUACUUGGGAACCAGUUACGAUUGGUUUGCUGAUAUUUCUCGGCCUCGAAGUUAUUGGGAAGACCGCAGGAAAUCUUGGUAUCAGCAAAUGCUCGACUCCAAUUCUGCCAACGAAGAAAUACGUCAACUUAUUGAAAGGAAAACAGUAUCGAAUUUUCUAUCGAGUGAGUUUCGUGAAAGAAUGGACAAGUUGAUGGUGUCUCGAUUAGAGCGACAAACGCAGCAAGAAGAAGAAUAUGACGAUGGAGCGGAAGAAGAAGAAGAAGAAGAAGAAGAAGAAGAAGAAGAAUUGUGGUGUUUCUCAGAAGGACACACUCAGCCAGAGAGUAGUGAUAACGAAGAAGAAGAAGAAGAAGAAGAUCGUGAUGAAAGAAGCUUGAUUAGCAGCGCUCCAUAUCAAGAAGCAAGCGAUGAUUUGGAUCAAUCUGCAUCUCCUUUGCAAUUUCCAUCCCCGUCAAUAUUGAGCUCAUGGAGCUACCAGCUGGAUAACGAGAUGGGUGAAGAUUCGAACAGAGGCGCAUCUACUUCCUCACCCCAACCUUUCCAACCUCAAUUUUCCUCCAAUACCCAACGCUCUUCCCCCGUCUCAACAACCCAUCAUCCAUCCAUUGAAAUGGAACUGAUAUACGAUUUAAGAGGGCACAUGGAGCAAUUGUACCAGGAGAUGUCGGAACUGAGAAAAUCCAUAAAAUGUUGCAUGGACAUGCAGCUCAUGUUGCAGCACUCGAUCAAGCGGCAUGAAGUUGGAGGAGGAGGGAGGAAAUCCAAGAAAGAGAAAUCAAGAAAGCGCAAAUGUUGUAUUUGCUACGACAUGCAGAUUGACUCACUACUGUAUAGAUGUGGACACAUGUGUAGCUGUAUGAAAUGUGCUAAGGAAUUGCAAUGGAGAGGGGGAAAGUGUCCAGUUUGCGGAGCUCCGAUUGAGGACGUCGUGCGGGCCUCUUUUAUGCCACAUUCAUAGGAAGGAAUAACAACGUCCGAUGCACGAGUUCUUGCUUCAGAGGACCGUCUUCAUUCUUCUUCCUCCAACCCUACAAUAACCACCUUCUUGUACCUCUUAUCAUCUCUUUGGGCCUUCUUUUACCUUUCUUUUUCAACUUCUCAACUUUGAACUGCUGCAUCAUGUUUAUCCAAACUGCACAUAACAUCUUAACUACACGUUUCACUGUAAAUGAUUUCUACUUUGUAACCACCCCUUUUAUGUUCUCUUUUUCUACAUAUAUACAUAUGUUUUUUGAAAGAGAAUUCUUGUAAUACCGCAUCAUUUCAGUGAGUUUCUUUACUCCCA